AUGAUUAUUCCACUCACCCACACGGGUACGGGAUUGCUUCAUUUACGGGAUAUCUACUCCGUACCCCCAUACGAUCAGUCUCAUUGUGCCGUCAAGGGAGCUGUGGCGGGCACUUCGCCUGCUUCUGCCAGCUAUUCAUUCGACUUGGCUUUUGCUGCCGUAUUCACACGAGUACGGAGUAGAACGGGCGGGCGGGCGUGCAGUAUUUCGUACGAAGGAGAGCCUCAUCUGCGCAGCAACCCACGAAGGCAAUUCAUGAUUACUGGACGGCAUCCAAAGGGGAAUCCGCAAAAGCCUCGGCUGAGAGUUCAGGAAGUUGCAGUCUUCCGCCCCCCACCACUACGACCGUUCGUCCAUCCCGGCUUCGGCGCCUGUGGCAAAGAUCCUUUUCUCAUUUCACGCCUUUUCGAAUUUUUCCGUGUGCCUUGCAUUGGUUCCCUACACAUUAAGCCUCGGCAGCGUCAGUCAAGAAGAAAAGGAUCGAUCGUCGUCUUCCGUACCUCUUUUCGCCUCCUGAUGGUCUUGUAUCUCCGAUUGACUGCGAAAACGCAACGGCAGAUGUACUAGAGGCCGUGGUGCGCACGGAU